AUCAAAACCGGCUGGCGUUACUAACAUGUCGGUGUUUUAUUCCAAAUAAUCUUGACAACACAGCAUAUUUUACUCUGAUAAUUCAAGAUAAUUCGACAAAACAACCCUGUUUGUACAAAUGAAUACCGUGUGAAAUGUAUCCAAUUUGUAAAAUAUCUUAAUUUUGAUUUUUACAGUAACGAAACGGAGAGGUUAACACCCGGCAAGGGGCCCCCAUCGCCAGCAGCGGCGUCCAGAGAGAGAAAGAGACUUUCGAUUGAUGUAAUUUGUGGGUGACAUUAACACCCCCACCUCACACACACACACGCCCAUCCCAGUUUUGAUUUAAAGUGGUAACCGACCGCGGUCACCAUUUCACUCCAGUUCAACAACUUUGAAGAAUUGUUGUCUGAACUUGAUGAACCUAAUUUGAACUUAACACCCAGUCCAACAGAGAGUACAAUUUCCACAUUUGAUUACAACGUUUCACCAAGUCAAACAUGUACCUCUUACGAAAUCAAGGAUCCAGCAGCGAUGAUAGGAAGGGUAGGGGCCAAGGGGGAAAUGUCUCCCUCUUGGGAGACGCCUCAGGCGUCUCCAAUUUGGGAGACAUCUCCAGUGAUGAAGGAGACUCUGGUGACCGAGAUUUUAGCACCAGUCAUGGUCAAGCCCUCAAGUGGCACAAGCCAAGCAGUGGACACAACCACCACCGAUACCCUGACUGGCCUAGACCAGGAGGCGUGGACGACCUUGGAGGCCACGCUGUUGAGUUAUGGGGAUGCGGAGGCCUUGGACAGUUCCUCGAUCUACGCACGUUCAGUGCAGAAGACGAGUGGCCUAUUUAACCCAAGUGAUUCCCUUAAAGAAACAUUGAAAUUGGAUCUAUUUGCUGAUGAAGAAUGUGACGACCUCUUAAUGACUUGUAUGAAGCAGACAGUGUUAAAGGAGGGACCAGACCCUGACACCUCAGUAGAGGCGGCUUCUGAUGACUUUGAAAAUGACUGGUUAUUUAAUGAGACCGAAUUUCUGGAUGACUUUGCUGAUUUGUCUAAAUACAUUGAACAGAACACCAUGCCAGUUGAACAAAGCAACACUGAAACAUCCACAUCUGAGGCACACGAGUUAGUCCCAACUAUUGACAACGUUACCAUAGUAACUGAACCUAGCCAGUCCAGUGAAAGCUUUGGCACUGUAGAUUUGGCCGACAUUUCAGCAGAGGUGGAUCACAAUGACUCUGACAGCACAGAUUCCAAUUCUACAAUUGAUCAUGAUUACUCGCGUGGAAAAAAGAGAAAAACUGACAGUGUGACAUCAGAUAUUGUCACAAAGAGAGCAAAAGUGAACAGCGUGGCAUCUGAAAGUGACACUGAAUCUGUAAUAACCACUGCAUCUGGAAGCAAUGAUAGAUAUGGAGAAAGAAGGCGAAAGAAUAAUAUUGCUUCCAAACGCUCCCGUGAACAGCGUAAAAACAAAUACAUUGAAAUGGAAGAAGAAGCUGUUCGCCUGGCAAAGGAAAAUUCAGAACUGCAAGCUAAGAUUGAAUUGCUUGAGAAAGCUACAAAAGACUUAAAGCAGGUUUUGGUUCAAAAAUUGACAUCUGGUUCUAAGUAAAGUGUGAAAAAAACAUCAACAAAAUUCAUCUGAAAAUAUUCAUUUUAUAACAUUUGAAAUGUUUUUUCCCUUGUCUGUAAGUGAUAUUGUAUAUAAUAUAUGUUUUCUUGAAAUGAAGUACCAUUAUAUAAAGUCUCUUUCCAUGACAUUUGUUAUCACCAUUGGAAUAGAGCAAAGAAAUGGAAUUUAGAUAUUUAAUGUUAUAUAACCCAGAUAUUAUUAUUAUCAAUAUUUUUUGUAAAGAAAUCUAAAAGAAUUUGUAAUGUAUCACCAUUACAGAGUCACUUACUCAGGUGUAUAUGUAGUCCAGUCAGGAAAGGAGGGGGGCAUUUUUGGCACAAUUUGUUGUGGAUUUGAAGUUGCAUUUCCUUUUCAGUGCAGACAGGGGGUAAAGCUUCCUUUUCAUUUUAGAAAGGGAAGAAAACAAGAAAUCCCCCCCCCCCCCUCCUAUCCAACUGCAAAAUAGUAAUAACAAUACAUUUUUGAAUUCUUACAACCCUUAUUUCUUUAGUAUGAGGUAAGGAAUGACGAUAUCCUUUUUCCAUACUACACGUUGGAAACUUAUUUUUGAAGUCUUACACACCAUGUAAAUAUGCUAAUGUAUGAUGUAUUAUAUAUUUCAUUUAGAUGUCAGACUAGUGUGCUGCUGUAAAUAAAAUGUUAAUCGUAACCUUA